CCCAACCGUGACCUGGUGCCGCUGGUGGCGGAGCUGCGGGAGGCGGCAGGUGGUGGGGCGCUGCUGAAGCGCGAGUAUUUCCAGGUGCUGGUGCGGAUCCGGGCCGGGACUGAGAAUGUGGCCCCCAAACCCAGCUUCUUGGCCAUGCUCAUGAUGGAGGUGGACCAGUUUGUCCUCACCGCCCUCACGCCUGACAUGCUGGCAGCUGAGGACACGGAGUCACCACCAGACCUGCUGCUCUUCAACAUCACCUCUCCCUUUGGCCCCGGCCAGGGCCACAUGGUCAGCACAGACGACCGGAGCUUGCCUGUCUCCUCCUUCAGCCAGCGGGACGUGAGAGAGCUGCGCAUCGCCUACCAGCCACCCGUGGAGGACUCGGAUCGGGAGCGGCUCUUCGAGCUCGAGCUGGAGGUGUUGGACCCAGAGGGUGCAGCCUCGGAGCCCUUUGCCUUUGUGAUUGUGGUGAAGCCCAUGAACACCCUGGCCCCUGUGGUGACCCGCAACACUGGGCUUGUGCUCUAUGAAGGGCAGUCACGGCCUCUGUCAGGCCCUGGUCCCAGCCCCAACCUGGUGAUCAGUGAUGAGGAUGACCUUGAGCAUGUACGGGUCAGUGUGGUGGCAGGGCUGAGGCACGGCCACCUCACUCUCUUGGAGGACACCCCAGCACCUGCUGCCCCUCGUAAACACUUCACGGUGGCUGAGCUGGCAGCAGGCCGGGUCAUUUACCAGCAUGACGGCAGCGAGUCUCCGCUCAGUGACAAUCUGGUGCUGCGGCUGGAAGAUGGUGGCUCUCGUCACCGCGUUGAGUUCCUUUUCCCCAUUACCCUGGUGCCCACUGAUGACCAGCCACCCCUACUCAAUGCUAACACGGGGCUGGCCAUGGCUGAGGGUGAAACAGUGCCCAUCACCGCCCGUACUCUUAGUGCCACUGACAUUGACUCGCAGGAUGCCAUCCUGCUCUUCACAGUGGAGUCUGGCCCCGCUGCUGGGCAGCUCCUCCUUCGUCAAGCACAGCCACCUCCUGGCUGGGAAGAGGAGGAGGAGGAGGGUUUUUCUUGGAGGAGGGUGCCGGGUUUAGCGGGGAGCUCCCUAAUCUAUGAAAAGCCAGUGAGAGAGUGGCUGCAGCAGGACAUUGUGGAAGGGCGUCUCUAUUACCACCACUUCGGGCCUCACAGCCCUGGCCCUGGGGUUGUGUUGGACCAGUUUGUCUUUAGAGUCCAGGAUGACAAUGACCCACCCAACCGCUCUGGACCACAGACUUUUGUGAUCCGGGUACAUCCUGUGGACAGACUAGCCCCAGAGCUGCAUAGCAGCAGCAGCCUGCACUUAAUAGUUGCAGAACAGCAGGUGACCCCGCUGCGGAGGAAGCACUUGUGUUACACAGAUCAGGAUUCAGAGGACCGUGAACUCCGCUACACAAUAACCCAGCCCCCCACUGACACGGACACUAACCACCCUCCAGAUGUAUAUGGAGCCCGCCUUGGAUCCCUUGUGCUGACUGAGGAUCACUCCGUGGAAGUUACCCACUUCACCCAAGCCCAGAUCAAUCAUCACAAGAUCUCGUACCGCCCCCCACAGGAAGAACUGGGAGUGGCUCCUCAUUUGAUUCAGUUUCAGUAUCAAGUGCAAGAUGCAGCUGGCAAUGCAGCUGAAGGGACUUUCACCAUCUACUUGCAGCCUGUGGAUAACCAGCCGCCUGAAAUCACUAAUACUGGCUUCACUCUGCCUGAGGGAGGCAGCCAUGUCCUUAGUCCAACAGAGCUGGAUGCCAGUGACACAGACACUGAACUUGCCCGUCUCAGAUUUAUCCUGACCCAGGCUCCUCGGUAUGGCCAGCUGCAGCUUUCUGGGUACAGUUUGAUUCCAGGAGGUGUCUUUGGCCUGGAGGAUAUCAGAGAAGGGAGGGUGGUGUAUGUGCACAGUGGAGCUGAGACCAACAGUGAUGCCUGCAGGCUUGAUGUGAGUGAUGGGGUUCAUUUUGUGCCCAUCACACUGAAAAUGAAUGUACACCCAGUUGAUGAUGAGGUUCCUACACUACGGUUGCCCCCAGGCACUCUUGGUUCCUACCUGGAUGUGCUGGAGAAUGGUGCUGCUGAAAUCACUGCUAAUGUCAUUCAGGGCACAGACGAGGAUACCGAUGACUUAAUGUUGACCUUCAUUGUAGAGGAUCCUCCUCGGCAUGGGAACAUCCUGGUCCGAGGGGUGCCUGCAGAGAGAUUUUCCCAGAGAGAUCUACUGGAUGGUGCUGUGGUAUACGCUCACACUAGUGGUGAAAUAGGCCUUCUGCCCAAAGAAGAUACUUUCAACCUCACCUUGUCUGACCUCUCUGAGGAGUGGAGCAUCAGGGGCAAUGUUGUUCAAGGAGUUUCAGUCUUGGUGACUAUUCUUCCUGUUGACAGUCAAGCCCCAGAGGUUUUUGUGGGGGAGCAGUUCACAGUAACGGAAGGUGACAAACGGGUCAUUACUCUUGCUCACCUCAGGGCUGAAGAUGUCGAUACUCCCAGUGAUGAUUUACUCUGUACCAUUGUUGCUCAGCCCACAUCUGGGUAUGUGGAGAACAUCUCUCCAGCCCCAGGAUCUGAAAAAUCCAGAGCAGGUGUAGCUAUAAGUGCUUUUACCUUGAAAGACCUCCGUCAAGGGCAUAUUUUUUAUGUCCAAAGUAUACAUAAGGGUGUAGAGCCUGUUGAAGACAGAUUUGCAUUCCGCUGUUCUGAUGGCAUUAACUUUUCCCAAAGGCAGUUUUUCCCCAUUGUCAUUAUGCCGAGCAACGAUGAAGAGCCUGAAAUCUUUAUGCGAGAGUUUGUUGUGAUGGAAGGCAUGAGCCUGGUUAUUGAUACCCCUAUCCUCAAUGCAGUUGAUGCAGACAUCCCUGCUGAUGAGUUAGUGUUCACAAUCACCAGGCUUCCCAGGCAUGGCCACAUUGUGAACCAGCUGGCCAAUGGAACUGUCCUAGUGGAGAGCUUCACCUUGGAUCAGAUAGCAGAGAGCUCCAACAUACUCUAUGAACAUGAUGACUCUGAGACAAAGGAGGACAGUUUUGAGGUGAAACUCACAGAUGGUAAACAUAGUGUUAGGAAAAUGGUACUCAUCAUGGUUAUUCCAGUAGAUGAUGAGACACCCAGAAUGGCCAUCAACGAUGGUUUGGAGAUAGAAAUAGGGGAAACUAGAACUAUUCAUAACAGAAUAUUGAAGGCUACUGACCUGGAUUCUGAAGACAAAACCUUGACAUACAUUAUAAGAUACGGGCCAGGACAAGGCCUGUUGCAGAGAAUAAAGCCUUCAGGUGGAGUUGAGAAUAUCACCCUGGGGAUGAACUUCACCCAAGAUGAAGUGGAUAGAAACUUAAUUCGAUACAUGCAUUUUGGCCAAGAAGGAGUUCGUGAUCUUAUCAAGUUUGAUGUGACAGAUGGAAUAAAUCCUCUCAUUGACCGCUACUUUUAUGUGACAAUAGGUAGCAUUGAUAUUGUCUUCCCAGACGUAAUCAGCAAAGGAGUUUCCCUGAAGGAGGGAGGGAAAGUAACCCUUACUACUGAUUUGCUUAGCACCAGUGACCUGAAUAGUCCAGAUGAGAACUUGGUUUUCACCAUUACCAGAGCACCUGUUCGUGGUCAUCUUGAAUGCACAGAUCAGCCUGGGGUACCCAUCUCCACUUUUACUCAACUCCUAUUAGCAGGCAAUAAAAUCUAUUACAUUCACACUUCAGAAGAUGAGGUGAAAAUGGACAGCUUUGAGUUUGAGGUGACUGAUGGCUAUAACCCUGUAUUUCGUACUUUCAGAAUUUCUAUCAGCGAUGUGGACAAUAAGAAACCUGUUGUCACAAUCCAUAACCUGGUGGUGAGUGAAAAUGAAUACAAACUGAUAACGCCAUUUGAACUGACUGCAGAAGACAGAGAUACACCCGAUGCAUUGCUGAAAUUUAUCAUCACUCAAAUACCAGUUCAUGGUCAGAUCAUGUUCAAUAACUCCAAACCGGUCACCACCUUCACUAAACAAGAUCUAAAUGAAAAUCUAAUCAGCUACAAACACGAUGGCACAGAAUCAGUUGAGGAUAGCUUCUCUUUCACUGUUACAGAUGGCACUCAUACUGAUUUCUAUGUCUUCCCCAACACUGUAUUUGAAACGAGGAAACCUCAGACUAUGAAGAUUCGAAUAAUGGCUGUGGACAACAGUGCACCUCAAAUUGUAAUAAAUAAGGGUGCUCAGACUCUCCGUAUUCUGGCCACCGGUCACAUCGGGUUUCUGAUUACCAACAAGGUGCUGAAAGUGGAAGACAGAGACAGUUUACGAGUUACUCUUAAGAUCAGAAUCACAGAGGGUCCACGCCAUGGCUUUCUGAUCCACCUGGGGAAAGGCAACCAUAGCAUCAGCCAGUUCACCCAAGCUGAUAUUGAUGAUAUGAAGAUAUGCUAUGUUUUACGAGGAGGUGACAAUGCCACCAGUGACAUUUUUCAUUUCAUGGUUGAAGACAGUG